AAGGCGCGGGUCCCGCGGGCUCCGGCCGCUGCGAGGAGGGGCUGCGCGGCGGCCGGAGAGAAGGCUGUGGCGCGCGGCCGACCCUUGCGGGCCCGGGCCCCGAGCCGUGCCGCCCGGCGCGCCCGGGCCCCGCCGAGGUCGUUGCGCCCCCGCCUCAGCGCGGGGACACUCGCCCCAAACUCCCUGAACUUCAGGGGCAGCCCCCGAAGCGGCAAAACUCUCACGGACCCCCACCCCGGGCGGCGCCCCUCGACGACCUCCCCGCGCCGAGCCCCUGCUGGCCAGUGCCUGCACUGAGAGGGCCUGGGGGCGAGGCCGGUCGGCUCCGGGCCAGGCCACGAUGCUCGUGAGGAAAGUGCCCGUCUUCGUCCCGGCCUCCCCGUGGGGGCUGCGGCUGCCGCAGAAGUUCCUCUUCCUUCUCUUCCUCUCGGGCCUCGUCACCCUGUGCUUCGGGGCCCUCUUCCUGCUGCCCAACUCCUCUCGGCUCAAGCGCCUCUUCCUGGCCCACCGGACCCAGCAGCCCGGCCUGGAGGUAGUGGCCGAAGUCGCCGGCCACCCCCUGGCCCGCGAGCAGGAGUCGCCUCCCAACCCGGCCCCCGCUGUGCCAGCCCCCGGGGAGGGCGACGCCAGCAGCCAAGCCAGUACCCGCCGCCGGAAAGUGUGGCUGCGGCGCACCCACCCCACCGGGACACGGGAAAUGGCCACGGUGGCCCGGAGCAGCGGCAGCACGGCCCUCAGACCCCAGGAGGGGGGCAUCCCGUUUAGCUUUGACUUCAACGCGUUCCGGAGCCGCCUCCGCCACCCGGUCCUGGGGACCAGGGCAGAUGAGAGUAAGGAGCCGCAGAGCCUAGUUCGAGCCCAGCGGGAGAAAAUCAAGGAGAUGAUGCAGUUCGCCUGGCAGAGCUACAAGCUUUAUGCAAUGGGGAAAAACGAGCUCCGGCCACUCACAAAAGACGGCUAUGAGGGCAACAUGUUUGGAGGUCUCAGUGGGGCAACCAUCAUUGACUCCCUUGACACCCUCUACCUCAUGGAGCUGCAGGAGGAGUUCCAGGAGGCCAAGGCCUGGGUUGAAGAGAACUUCCACCUGAACGUGAGUGGAGAAGCAUCCUUGUUUGAGGUGAACAUCCGGUACAUCGGAGGACUUCUCUCAGCCUUCUACCUGACGGGAGAAGAGGUGUUCCGAACAAAGGCCAUCAAGCUGGGAGAGAAGCUUCUGCCGGCCUUCAACACUCCCACGGGAAUCCCAAAAGGUGUUGUGAACUUCAAAAGUGGGAGCUGGGGCUGGGCCAUGGCCGGGAGCAGCAGCAUCCUGGCUGAGUUUGGAUCCCUGCACCUGGAGUUCUUACACCUCACGGAGCUCUCUGGCAACCAGGUCUUCGCAGAAAAGGUCAGGAACAUCCGAAAAGUCCUCAGGAAGAUCAACAAGCCCUUCGGCCUCUACCCCAACUUCCUCAGCCCAGUGAGCGGGAACUGGAUGCAACACCACGUCUCGGUUGGAGGCCUCGGGGACAGUUUUUAUGAAUAUUUGAUCAAAUCCUGGUUGAUGUCAGCCAAGACAGAUGUGGAGGCUAAAGAUAUGUACUACGAAGCCUUGGAGGCAAUAGAGACCUACUUGCUGAAUGUCUCUCCUGGGGGGCUGACCUACAUUGCCGAGUGGCGAGGGGGGAUUCUGGACCACAAGAUGGGGCACCUGGCCUGUUUCUCUGGGGGCAUGAUCGCCCUCGGCGCUGAGGAUGCCAAGGAAGAAAAGAGGGCCCACUACCGAGAGCUCGCAGCCCAGAUCACCAAGACGUGCCACGAAUCAUACGCCCGCUCAGAUACCAAACUGGGGCCCGAGGCCUUCUGGUUUAACUCCGGCAGAGAGGCUGUGGCCACACAGCUGAGCGAGAGCUACUACAUCCUGCGGCCCGAGGUGGUGGAGAGCUACAUGUACCUGUGGCGACAGACCCACGACCCCAUCUACAGGGAGUGGGGCUGGGAGGUGGUGAUGGCCUUGGAGAAAUACUGUCGAACGGAAGCUGGUUUCUCCGGGAUCCAAGAUGUGUACAGUAGCAUCCCCAACCACGACAACAAGCAGCAGACUUUCUUUCUAGCGGAGACACUAAAGUAUCUCUAUCUUCUGUUCUCUGAAGAUGACAUGCUCUCCCUGGAAGACUGGGUGUUCAACACAGAGGCCCACCCCCUCCCGGUGAACCACUCGGACAGCUCCAGCAGGGCUGGGGGCCGACUCUGACCCGUCUCCCUGCUGCGCCCGGGGCCCCGGAGGGCUGCCUUGCCUUUUCAGGAUUUGGGACUGUUCUCAAAGGGAUUGGGAACGUAGGCCCCAUUCCAGGCAGACCCAGGGCAGAUGUGUCGGACAAGCAACUUCUUUUCCUCUGUGAGGAGACAGGACUUGGAGACGCAGCGAUGUCACCCCAGGCCCAGACUUUCCUUUCUGUGGAGAAUUUCUAUGAAACCCACUCACUUGCCAUUCCAGGGCCCAGUGAAUGGAGGUUUGCAUAUUGUCUCCAUGCCUUUGAUUCACUUCCUCUCAUUUGGGGAGUUUUCUGUUCGUUUGUUUUGCUUGAUUUUGCCUUUUCUCUGCAGUUGUGUUUUAUCACAAAUUAUAAAUAUAGUUUCAAAAUCAUGUGCUUUCGAAAGCAGCAUCAUCUUGAUAAACUAAACCUUAAAAUGUUCGCACACAGAAACCUUGACCCCAUUUUCUAUAUUUUAAAUGCUUUUUGCCCAACAUUUACUAUACGUUCAACUACGUGGCAUUUACCUUAUAAUUUGAGGAGGCGUUCCCUUUUGAUUUGGGCCUAAGUGUUAACGAAUCACUAGUGCCAUUUUCAUUAUUGUAAUGGAAAAAUCUGUAAACUUACAAUAAAAGAGUUUAUUGAAUAAGAAA